UAAGCCUUAAUAUGAACCACACAUAAAAAAGAGAAAAUAUUAUUAGUAGUAGCUAAGAAAAAAAAAAUGGUGCAAGAAGAAAUAAUGAGAAGAGGUCCAUGGACAGAAGAAGAAGAUGUGCAGCUUUUAUUUUAUGUUAAAUUAUUUGGAGAUCGACGAUGGGAUUUUCUUGCUAAAGUUUCAGGGUUGAAAAGAACAGGUAAGAGUUGUAGGUUACGUUGGGUUAAUUAUUUGAAUCCUGAUCUCAAACAUGGAAAGAUGACUCCUCAAGAAGAACGUCUUGUUCUUGAACUUCACUCCAAAUGGGGAAAUAGAUGGUCAAGAAUUGCCCGAAAAAUACCAGGGCGUACUGAUAACGAAAUUAAGAAUUACUGGAGAACCCAUAUGAGGAAGAAAGCUCAAGAACAGAGGAAAAAGUCUUCUAUUUCUCCAUCUUCAUCAUCUUCUUCUUCUUCUAUCACUCACGAAGAAAAUGAAAGAAACUUCUACGAUACGGGUGGAAUCAAGCUCUUGCAAGUUGAAGGAGAAAAGAAAUCUAGUGAUCAAGAACAACAUGGAAAAAGUAUGAAAGUUUACUCUAUGGAUGAAAUUUGGAAAGAUAUUGAAUUAUUAGAAGAAAAUGAAGAAAAAAUGAAUAAACCAAUUAUGGGGUCUAUUUCACCCCUAUGGGAUUAUUCCCUAGACUCACUUUGGAAAGAUUUUGAUUGGAGUAGCUUUCGAUAGGAAUGUGACUCUGAAUUAGACGAGACAACAAACUUCAGAUAUCAGAUGAUUAAAUUGAGGAGGGAAAAAGACGGGUUAAUAGGAGGUUCAUUUAUUUGGAAAAAAAAACAAAAACAAAAUUGUUAUAGUUGGUUUUAGGUUUUACAAGAAAAAUAUUAAGUUCUAACUUGUAUAUUACUAUUAGUAGUGGUGAAAAAAAUAAGAAAAAAAUCCCAUGAUUAGAAGGUGCUAGGCCUCUCUUAAGAGGAUUAGUAGUAGUGCUUUGGAAUUAAGUCUGUUAUUGUAGCCAUUUGAUGAUGCUUUGAUUUGAUUUCUUGUCUUUUAAGUCCGUUUCAAUGUGAAAUACUUUCACUAUC